AUGGGAAAGACGACGCGCUCGCCGCGUAAACUUCUCAAAAAGAAACACAUCGUCUGCUCGUACCAAACGCCGAAAUCGAAACUGAAAUCUGCUCUGAAAAAAUCCGGAAACAGUAGGUACGCGUCGCAUCAUCGCGUGAAAGAAGAGGAGGAGGAGAAUAGAAAUCGAUUGAUUUUUUCCCCUGCGGGUCAUCCCGAUGAUGAGAACAAGCAGAUACAGAAAACGCCGCUCGGAAACCACGUAAACUUUGCCGACGAAAAGGAGGAAAAAGAAGAAGAGGAAGAAAGGUUGAGCGAGGAAGAAGACGCGUGGAAUUUUGACUUGACCACCACCACGGAGAAGAAGAAUUCAAAGAAGAAGAAUUUAGUCGCAAGACCACCACCCACGCCGUCCACGCCGUUUCACUUUGCGAGAGAUUUUUUCGAGCGCGGGUGCGAAAGCGACGCGGAGGAACAAUCGACCACCGCGAGCAGCGAAUGCGGCAAGUUUCGGUUCGAUUUUUUGGACGACGAAAAAGAAGAGGAGAAAAAUGUUAAGGUAGAAAGAGUUGGAAUGGCGAUGACGCCGCGCUGCGAUGACGCCAAGAGACAGACGUCAAAGUCGUAUCUCGCCGGGCAACGAGACGCGUUUAAAGACGUUUUGUUGCAAGAGUCGUUGCCGUUGCAAAAGUUAGUGGAGAGACAGAAGCAGAAAGUAGAGGUGUUGACGAAGAAACAGGAGAAAAUGGAAGAUGAGGUGAGGGAGCAAUCGAUCGUGAGCGCGGUAUUGAUUGAGCGCACGAACGUGGAGAAAGAGCACGUGGUCAGGAUGGAAGAGAUGGGCGCGAAGCUUUGCGCUUCGGUGGAAAAAUUGGAGAAGGAGGUGAUUGUGUUGAAAUCCGCGGAAAAGGAGAGAAAGGUGGCACCGAAAAUGCAGAAGUUUCUGGAGAAGUGCGUCGGUUUCGGUGCCUUCUUUCUCGGCAAAGAGACGCGAUCGAUGUUGUUGGAAAGUCCAGUCAGCAAAAAGUUGUUCGAAGAAGAAGAAGAAGAGGAAGGCGCCGAAACGCCUACGCCGUCGACGCCGCCGAAAAGAGAGCGAACUAGCGAAGAACUCGCGACGUGCCUCGCGAUGUGCGUCGCCUUAGAAGCCAUCGCAAAAAUUGAAGCGAGCAAUAUGAUGCCAAUCCGAGCGCCGCUUCCGAUUCGACUCGGCGUGUACCUCUCGCGCGUGUACUUUUGGUCAGAAUUUCUCGGCGUCGGCCAUCGAGAACUCGCAAAAAGCGCUCGAAAUACCGCGCAAUUAAUUGUCCUCGCGUCGCGUUUACCACCAUUACCAUCACCACCAUUACCACCACCACCACCAUUACCACCCGCGAAUGACCUCGCGACGAUACGGGUGGUUUUAGAAAAAAUGGCGUUUGUUCGAGGAAAAAUUUUGCGCUGCCGCUCUUAG